AUGAGACCUAAAGAAUCAGAUGUAUAUAAAAGAAUUCGAUUGUUGGGAUAAGGAUCCUUUGGAAAGGCCUACUUAUGUGAGUCUUUGAAAGAUCAUUCUCUUUGUGUAAUUAAACAAAUGGAUAUGAGAUAUUUAAGUGAAGAAGAAAAAAAAGUAAAGAGAAUUUUAAAAUGUUUAGGAAACCUAUUAAGAGUUUAGAAUCAUGGCUUAACUGAAGCAUCCAAACAUAAUCAACUUUAGAGAAGUUUACAAAACUGUAAAAGGUAAAUUAUGUAUAGUAAUGGAUUAUGCUGAGGGUAUAAAUAAUAAUUAAUUGAUUCAAAAUAGGAGGUGAUUUAGCACAAUUGAUUAAAAGUCAUGAAGGUUAUAUUCCAGAAUCUAGAAUCUUAGAUUGGUUUACUUAAAUGUGUUUAGCAAUUAAACAUUGUCAUGAUCGUAAAGUUAUUCAUAGAGAUAUUAAAACAUAAAAUAUGUUCCUUACAAAGGAUAAUAGAAUUAGAUUAGGAGAUUUUGGUAUUGCAAGAUUAUUGGAUAACACUCGUGAUAAAGCACAUACAAUGGUUGGUACACCAUAUUAUUUAGCUCCUGAAUUGUUAGAAAAUAAACCUUAUAGUUUUAAAGGUGAUGUGUGGUCAUUGGGAGUGAUAUUAUAUGAAGUAUAUAAAGAGAAUUAUAUCUUAGAUGUGUGCUAAAACACCUCCAUUUAAUGCAGAUUCAUUAGCAUCAUUAGCUUUAAAAAUAGUUCGUGGAUAAUAUUAAGCUAUCUCGAAUAAUUAUUCAUCUCAAUUAAGAACGUAAAUCUACAUUCAUAAUUAAACAAAGGUAGCCUUGUGAAUUAACUUCUGACAGUGAAUCCUGAAAAAAGACCAGAUGUACAUUAAAUAUUAAAAAUGCCAAUUAUUACAAAUAGAAUAAAGAAUUUUCUAUCUGAAACUAUGAAGAGAAGUGAGUUUGAUCAUACAAUAUUACAUAAUCAAUAGAUUCAAUUAAGUGAUACUACUAUUCCAUUAAUAGAUGAUUAAGAUGCAAAAGUAGAUUAAACAGAAUAAACUCCAUAAAAUAGAAAUUAAAUAUAAUAAUAAUUACCAGGUAUCAAAAGUCCACCUAUUGGAUAAUCAAAAUAAAGAAAGAAUAGUGACCUAAGAAAAUUACCAGAAAUUAAACUUCCUAAACCUGAAAGGCCUCCUAUUUCAAGACAAUAAACAAGUCGAUAAUAAUUACAUUAAUUGCCUAGUCAACGUAUAUAACCAUCAACACCAGAUUUAGGAAUUGCACAUAAAUAUAAGAAUUCUCGAUUUAUAACUAAAGAAAGUCCUGAUUCUUUUUAAGGUUCUGAUCAAAUAUUAGAAGAAAUAACUAAAAAUAGUGAAUAAGGAAGUCCUAAGUUUUUUUAGAAUGUUAAAGAUAAACCUCAUAUUAAAAAUAUUAAAGGAUUAUCUAAAUUAGAUUAGAUAUAAAAAAUUAAAUUAGGAUAAAAAUCUGAAGAUGAUGCUAAAAAACCUGUUUAUAGAGUUCAUGCCUAACCAAAAUUAUUAGAAUAAUUCAUUAAGAAAUAGAGAGAUAGAAAGAUAUCCGAAGAAAUAACAUCAACUUAAUAAAAAUAAGAAAUAUAUUAAUAAUAAUAAUAAUAAUAAUAAUAAUAAUAAUAAUAAUAAUAACUUGAAAAAAUAUCAGAAACACCAGAAUAAAAAUUAUUAGAUAAAACUACUAUUAGUGAUUUUUAAACAUCAGAAGAAUAAUAAUAAAUUUAAAAUAAUUAGCAAACUGUUGAAACUGCUGCUUUUGACUUAUAACCUUAAUUCUAGUUUUAAGUAUUUGAUGUCACUUAGAAAAAACCUACUAAAUCAAAUAAACCAUUAACUUCAAAAACAGAUGAAGAAAAAAAUAAAAAAAAAAUAUAUAAAAUUAUAUACAAAGAUCCAUUUUAAAAAAAAAAUUAAAUCAUUAAAAAAAAAAAUAGUGAAGAAGACAUGAAAGAGAUGAUAAAUGAAUUAAAAAACGUACUUGUAAUAAUUAAUAUUUUCUAUAUCUUAGUCAGAAGAACCUAAAAAAAUAGAGGAAUUACCAUUAUAAGGAUAAAAUGAUUCUGAAGGUUCUAGAAUAUAUUCAGAAGAUUCAAGUGAAGAUUUUAGAGAAAAUACUGAUACCUUACCUCCUAAAACCUAAAUUAAUACUUGGAUGUAAGGUAGAUCAUAAUAAAUACAAAAUAUAAAUACUUCAAAAUCAUAACCAGAAUUAUAAGGAUCAAACAAAAGUAGUUAAAAAAAUUUGAAAGAUUAAUUGAUAACAAAAUUAGGAUAACAUUUUGAAUAAUUAUAUAAAUUAGCAAAAUUAUGUUCCCAUUAAGAAGAUUUGGGAAAGUAACAUAUAAAGAUGGCUAUAUUGGAUAAUCUAGAUUUGGAUGAAAAUAAAGCUGAAGCAUGUGCUACAUUGUUAGUGACAUUAGCAACUAUUGGUUACUGA